AUGAAUCUAUCUACAAUUCGACCUUUAUAUAAAGCUAGUCAAUCGGAAAAAUUCAUUCCAGAUUCAUUAUCAUCAUCAAGUAAUAAAAUAUUACUUGGUCAUGAAGAUGAAGUACAAUUAAUAAGAUCAUCAACACAAAUGGAUCAUGGUGACAUUGAUGAUGAAGAAUUUUCAUUAUGUAAAGAUGAAUCAUUGGAUAUGAAUAUUGUUCCAAAACCUGUUACACUAAAUAUGGUACCAGCGUCAAGUAAUAUGUUUCAAAGGACAAAUACAUUACCAUCAUCAUAUUCACCAUAUGAUUCAUCAAAUAAUCAAGGUUCAAAAGGAUUAUUAAAUGAUCCCAACAAUCCAUCUGGAAUCUUUGAAUUGAUCGAAGUUGUUGAGAAUGAAAGAUAUGGACAAGUUUAUAAAGGUCGUCUUACAAAAACGAGUCAAUUGGCUUCAAUUAAAGUUAUGGAUGUUACAGAAAGUCAAGAAGAAGAAAUCAAAUUAGAGAAUGUUCUAUUAACUGAAAAUGCUAAAGUUAAAUUAGUUGAUUUUGGUGUAUCAGCUCAUUUUGAUCGAAUAAUUGGACGGAAAAAACACUUUUAUUGA